AUGAGGUCAGAAGCCUUGCUGCUAUAUUUCACACUGCUACACUUCGCUGGGGCUGCUUUCCCAGAAGAUUCUGAGCCAAUCAGUAUUUCGCAUGGCAACUAUACAAAACAGUAUCCGGUGUUUGUGGGCCACAAGCCAGGACGGAACACCACACAGAGGCAUAGGCUGGACAUCCAGAUGAUCAUGAUCAUGAACAGAACCCUCUACAUUGCUGCUAGGGACCAUAUUUAUACUGUUGAUAUAGACACCUCACACACGGAAGAAAUUUAUUGUAGCAAAAAACUGACAUGGAAAUCUAGACAGGCUGAUGUAGACACAUGCAGAAUGAAGGGAAAACAUAAGGAUGAGUGUCACAACUUUAUUAAAGUUCUUCUAAAGAAAAACGAUGAUACUUUGUUUGUCUGUGGAACUAAUGCCUUCAACCCUUCCUGCAGAAACUAUAAGAUGGAUACUUUGGAACCUUUUGGGGAUGAAUUUAGUGGAAUGGCCAGAUGCCCUUACGAUGCCAAACAUGCCAACAUUGCACUGUUUGCAGACGGAAAACUGUACUCUGCUACAGUGACUGACUUCCUUGCCAUUGAUGCAGUCAUUUACCGGAGUCUUGGAGACAGCCCAACCCUACGGACCGUCAAGCAUGAUUCAAAAUGGUUGAAAGAACCGUAUUUUGUCCAAGCGGUAGAUUAUGGAGACUACAUCUACUUCUUCUUUAGGGAAAUAGCGGUGGAGUACAACACCAUGGGAAAGGUAGUUUUCCCAAGAGUGGCUCAGGUUUGUAAGAAUGACAUGGGAGGGUCACAAAGAGUCCUGGAGAAACAGUGGACAUCUUUCCUUAAAGCUCGCCUGAACUGCUCAGUUCCAGGGGACUCUCAUUUUUAUUUCAACAUCCUCCAGGCGGUUACAGACGUGAUUCGUAUUAAUGGCCGUGACGUUGUCCUGGCAACGUUUUCCACACCUUAUAACAGCAUCCCUGGGUCUGCAGUGUGUGCCUAUGACAUGCAUGAUGUCGCCAUUGUUUUUACUGGGAGAUUCAAAGAACAGAAGUCUCCAGAUUCCACGUGGACACCAGUUCCUGAUGAACGAGUGCCUAAGCCUAGGCCAGGUUGCUGCGCUGGCUCAUCCUCCUUAGAAAAAUAUGCAACCUCCAAUGAAUUUCCUGACGAUACCCUGAAUUUCAUCAAAACGCACCCACUCAUGGAUGAGGCCGUGCCCUCCAUCAUCAACAAGCCAUGGUUCCUGAGGACGAUGGUCAGAUACCGCCUGACCAAAAUUGCGGUGGACACCGCUGCUGGGCCAUAUCAGAAUCACACUGUGGUUUUCCUGGGAUCAGAGAAGGGAAUCAUCUUGAAGUUCUUGGCCAGGAUAGGAAACAGUGGUUUCCUAAAUGACAGCCUUUUCCUGGAGGAGAUGAGCGUCUACAACCCUGAAAAGUGCAGCUAUGACGGAGUAGAAGACAAGAGGAUUAUGGGCAUGCAACUGGACAAAGCAAGCAGCUCUCUGUAUGUUGCAUUUUCCACUUGUGUGAUAAAGGUUCCCCUUGGCCGGUGUGAACGACAUGGGAAGUGCAAAAAAACCUGUAUCGCUUCCAGAGACCCCUACUGUGGGUGGGUAAAGGAAGGAGGUGCCUGUGCCCAUCUGUCACCUGGCAGUAGACUGACUUUUGAACAGGACAUAGAGCGUGGCAAUACAGAUGGCCUGGGAGACUGUCACAAUUCCUUCGUGGCACUGAAUGACAUUUCAACUCCUCUACCAGAUCAUGAAAUGUCUUACAACACAGUAUAUGGGCACUCCAGUUCCCUCCUGCCCAGCACCACCACGUCCAAUUCGGCGGCUCAAGAGGGGUAUGAGUCUAGGGGAGGAAUGCUGGACUGGAAGGAUUCACCUGACAGCACAGACUCUUUGGGGGCAGUGUCUUCCCAUAAUCACCAAGACAAGAAGGGAGUGAUUCGGGAGAGUUAUCUCAAAGGCCACGACCAGCUCGUCCCUGUCACCCUCCUGGCCAUUGCGGUCAUUCUGGCUUUUGUCAUGGGAGCCGUCUUCUCGGGCAUCAUUGUCUACUGCGUCUGCGAUCACCGUCGCAAAGACAUGUCCUCCGUGCACCGCAAGGAGAAGGAGCUCGCCCACUCGCGCCGCGGCUCCAUGAGCAGCGUCACCAAGCUCAGCGGCCUCUUUGGGGACACCCAGUCCAAAGACCCCAAGCCGGAGGCCAUCCUCACGCCACUCAUGCACAACGGCAAGCUCGCCACUCCCAGCAACACCGCUAAGAUGCUCAUCAAGGCUGACCAGCACCACCUGGACCUGGCCGCCCUGCCUACCCCCGAGUCCACCCCGACGCUGCAGCAGAAGCGCAAGCCCAACCGCGGCAGCCGCGAGUGGGAAAGGAACCAGAACCUCAUCAACGCCUGCACCAAGGACAUGCCCCCCAUGGGCUCCCCCGUGAUCCCCACCGACCUGCCCCUGCGGGCCUCCCCCAGCCACAUCCCCAGCGUGGUCGUGCUGCCCAUCACGCAGCAGGGCUACCAGCACGAGUACGUGGACCAGCCCAAAAUGAGCGAGGUGGCCCAGUUGGCGCUGGAGGACCAGGCGGCCACCCUGGAAUAUAAGACCAUCAAGGAACAUCUCAGCAGCAAGAGUCCCAACCAUGGGGUGAACCUGGUGGAGAACCUGGACAGCCUGCCCCCCAAAGUCCCCCAGCGGGAGGCCUCCCUGGGUCCUCCCGGAGCCUCCCUGUCUCAGAACGGCCUGAGCAAGCGGCUGGAGAUGCACCACUCCUCGUCCUACGGGCUUGAUUAUAAGAGGAGCUACCCCACGAACUCGCUCACGAGAAGCCACCAGACCGCCACGCUCAAAAGAAACAAUACUAACUCCUCCAAUUCCUCCCACCUCUCCAGAAACCAGAGCUUUGGCCGGGGAGACAACCCACCCCCCGCCCCGCAGAGGGUGGACUCCAUCCAGGUGCACAGCUCGCAGCCCUCGGGCCAGGCCGUGACUGUUUCGAGGCAGCCCAGCCUCAACGCUUACAACUCACUGACCCGGGCGGGGCUGAAGCGCACGCCCUCGCUAAAGCCGGACGUGCCCCCCAAACCUUCCUUUGCCCCCCUUUCCACCUCCAUGAAGCCCAACGAUGCGUGUACAUAA